UGGUUGUCAAGGAGAGCUCUCCAUCCGCGGAACAAAACCGGAUGUUUGUGACUAGUAAAGCAAUCAGCUGUCACUGUCACCGACAGAGCUAGCCAAGCGAGCUAAAUACAUAGUGCUAUCGAGCUUAAGCCUUUCAGCUGGGAUCUAUUUACCAGAUUAUAGAAGGCUGGCAGAGCACCCGUCCAGGCUUUGUUUUGUGUGGAGUCCCAUAGUACACCACCAUGUCUUCUGACCUUCUGGUUGACCUCAACGAUGACCUUGGAGGAGAUGAGCCCCCCAGCAAUGCCCUGGACCAGCUCAAGCUGUCUCCAAUGGGGGACAAGCUGUGGCCCCCAGAUGACUCCAACAUGAGCAAGUCUGAGACAGACAUAUCCAAGCGGUUGGGGGAGGGGUCGCACCUGACUUGGGACCACCCCUACUAUGAUAUCGCCAGGCAUCAGAUCGUGGAAGUGGCCGGCGACGAUAACUUUGGCCGGAAGGUGAUUGUCUUCAAUGCCUGCCGGAUGCCCCCUCACCACGAACUGGACCACCACAAGCUGCUGAUGUAUCUGAAAGCCACCCUGGACCAGUAUGUAGAGAGCGAUUACACCCUCAUCUACUUCCACCACGGCCUCACCGGUGAUAACAAGCCGUCCCUCAGCUGGUUGAGAGACGCGUACAGAGAGUUUGACCGCAAGUACAAGAAGAACAUUAAGGCCCUUUACAUUGUACACCCCACAAUGUUCAUUAAGACACUUCUCAUCCUCUUCAAGCCUAUAAUCAGCUUCAAGUUUGGUCGGAAAAUCAACUACAUCAACUACCUGAGCGAACUGGAGGAUAUUGUGAAGUGUGACCAACUGGUGAUACCCACCCGGGUGCGAGACUAUGAUGACAAAAUCCGAGCCUCACUGAAACCAUCAGUUCAGGACCAGUUGUCUCCUCCUCGCAGCCCACCACUGCCCAAUCAACAGUUUGGAGUCUCCUUGUCACUACUUAGAGCGAGAAGUCCCGACAACGAAGCAGUGCCGUUGGUGAUGCGAGACACAGUUGCCUUCUUAAUGGAGCAGGGUCUUGAAAUCGAGGGGAUAUUCCGGCGGUCAGCCAAUGUGACUCUUGUUAGGGAUGUUCAGCACAAAUAUAACUCUGGCGAGGAGGUGAGCUUUUUCCAGAUGGAAGACGUUCACCUGGCAGCUGUCAUCCUCAAGACUUUCCUCAGAGAACUGCCAGAGCCCCUGCUUACAUACCAGCUCUACAAUGACAUUGUCAACUUCCACAAUGUUGACAGUGGUUCCCAAGUGGGGGCCAUCCGGACCAUGCUGGCCACACUGCCUGAGGAGAACUACGCCUCCCUCAAGUUUCUCAUCGAGUUCCUGGUACAGGUGUCAGCGAAGAGCGAGAUCAACAAGAUGAACAACGCCAACCUGGCGGUGGUGUUUGGGCCCAACCUGCUGUGGGGGCAAGACGCCGCCAUGACGCUCAGCGCCAUCGGCCCGAUCAACAACUUCACCCGGACCCUGCUGGACCAACACCAGGAGGUGUUCUCCCCAUAGGGUGCGUCCCGGCGGCUGUCUUUUCCGACCACGGCCAAUUCCGUGAUCAAAUCUCUGACCCUUUUGUUAUAUUGGUCCAGUGUAGUGUAACUGUUUUCUUUCCUCCCGGUGCCCAUAGUAGUGUUGCCAAAUGCAUGACUCGUGUUGUGACCGUGACUGAGGACACAGAGAGUGAGAGCAAGCAGGGGAGAUGAACCAGUUAAGAGGCCAAAAAAUUUAUAAAAAUAAAAGGGUCUGGGUAUGAAAAAAGCUUUUACCCCCACCCCUCCGGAUAACUAGUACUCAGGACGAGUUUUACACAGCAUACAUGAUUUGGUACUUUAAAAUAAUUGGGACAAUCUGUCAAAACCAGUUCCCAUUUGUUCUGGUUUGAUCAUAUCAAAGCUUUAUUUUGAUGGUACAGGUUUCAGAGCAUUUAUGUAACAUUUUGUAUCCAGGGGGCAAGAUAUAUAUUUCAUAUUUAUUUUCUUGACGUGUCAACUCUUAUUUGUAUUGGAGCAAAUACUUUUACAAUUUCAUAAGUGGUCGGUGGCUGGAGCCAAUGAGACGGUGUAUUUCAGUAGUCGGUAGGAAGUUUAGAGAUGAGAGGGUUGGGACAAAUAGAAAGAUAGCCAGUUUGAAUCCCUAAGCCAUUGAGGCGAAAAAUCGUCCGUUGUGCCCUUGAGCAAGUUGCUUAACUUGUAAUUGCUACUGUAAGUUGCUCCGGCAAAAGAGCUUCUGCUAAAUGAUUAAAACCUAAUCUGUGUUCUAUGGGGAAGUUUAUAUUUUGGCACAUCUUAAUUGAGAGUCAUGAUCAGCAUUAAAAUCAAACCUUAAGAGUGUGUGCAUUUACAUGGUGGUUUUGCCGCAUACCGCCUUAGUUUUUAGUUUUUGUUUUUGUGACAAAACACCAUUAUAUCCCUUAAUAAUUUACAUCAACCCUUUGCUUGUUUGUCAUUUUGUUUUUGCAUGAAUUAAAAAAAGUAUCUUUCAUUUUAAAAUCAUUUGUACAGAUCAACUAUAAAAAAGUCAGCUAUUCUUGAUCAUAUAACUUCUCCAUUUCAUGUUAGCCUUCAUAAAUGCUGGACAGUGUGUUCGUUAUACAUAUAUUACUGUAGCUGUGUAUUAUUAUGCUCUACUUAUGACAUUCAGCAGUUACUGAGAGAAGAUCUAUCCAGGUGUAAAGGUGCUGAUGGCUUUAAUGUCACUGCUGGUGAAAGAUUUUCAUGAAGCCUUAAAGCCAAUAGGGGGCAUGGAAGGGCUCCUAAUCAUGGAUACACUGAAAUGCUGAAUACUUACAGACCCAGGGGACUCUCAGGCCAUCAUUCUUAUGUUUCUUCUAAAUGUUAACUUUUACAUUGUUUAUAUGCCUUAUUUUGCUCAUUUGUAUGGAUGCAAAGUCGCUUUGGUUAAAGUUCCAAAUUCAUUCCAACCAAAGAAUUACAGUUGUAUUCGAGAACACUAAAGAUGGUUCCAUACAAUAAUUUUUGCCCCUGUAACAUUCCUAAUUUUUCCAUUAACAAGGGCCAGAUAUUUCAGGUGUAUUACUCCUGCACUUCAUAAUCCUGAAUGACCCCGAACAACAACAUUGCUAAUGUUAAAUGACUGAAUAA